UCAGUGACCUAACUUAGCUUAUGUGUUGAUAAUGUUGGGAUUUCCGCUUCUGUUUGGGACCCACCAAAUCACCGACCCAUAUCCUUCUCUCGCAAAAUCAACCAUCAAAUCUUUCCUAAGUAGUAGUAGCAAACAAAUUUAUUUUAUUCAUGGUAUAUAUAGGAGUACUAUUAGAGAACAAAGGGGGUAACUAGUGUUCUGUUUUUUCCCUUUCAUUCUCAUUUCUAAGUCUCACUCUGCAAAAGUGCAAAGAGGAUGGGCGGCAGCAACAACGUAAACUCGGUGUUCUACGCGGAGACCUACCAUCCCAUUCAGGCGGGAAGCAUCGACGGCACCGACAUCCUCCCCCACGACAACGCCGUUUAUCGAGCUCUUCUCUGCUCCAAUGCUUCCCUCUAUGACCCUUUGGGUGACCCCAAGCUCAUUGGUGAUCCUUACCACACCAUCUUCGUCUCUCGCCUCUCUCACUUGACCACCGAACACACUCUCCACAAGGCUAUGAGCAAAUAUGGCCGAGUCAAAAACUUGCGCUUAGUGCGGCAUAUUGUGACUGGUGCCUCCCGGGGUUAUGCUUUUGUUGAAUUUGAAACAGAGAGAGAAAUGCGUCGUGCAUAUAAGGAUGCUCACCAUUCAUUUAUCGAUGACUCUGAAGUUAUAGUUGAUUAUAACAGGCAACAGUUGAUGCCUGGGUGGAUUCCUAGAAGACUAGGAGGAGGACUCGGUGGUAAAAAAGAGUCGGGACAACUUCGUUUUGGAGGACGAGAAAGACCAUUUAGAGCUCCCUUGCGACCGAUUCCCUAUGAGGAUUUAAAAACACUUGGCAUUCGUCCUCCACCUGAAGGAAGAUACAUGUCUCGUUUUCAGGUCCCAUCACCCCCUAGAAAACGAAGGAGCUCAGUGGAGAAGGAAGAAUACUCUCACAAGAGGAGCUCUGUGGACAGAGAAGAAUUCUCCCAAAGAAGUAGCUCUAUCGAGAGAGAUGGACACAAAAGGACAGCAGGGGGACGGCAAGAGAGCUCUAGCAAAAGGAAUUCUGUGGAGGAAGAACACCAUCAUAGAAAAAGCUCUACGGAUAGGUCAGAGUCUUCUCAGAAAAGGACUCCUAUAGAGAGGGAGGAUCACCGUCAUAAGUGUAGUUUUGUGGACAGAGAAGAGCUCUCUCACUCCAGGAGCACUGCAGAGGGGGGAGAAAUCUCUCGGAAAAGGACCUCUAAGGAUAAGGAAGAACGCUCCAGCAAGCGCCAUAGACAUCACAGCCGGUCCAAUCGUUAGAUGCUCAUAAAUCAACAAGGAACAAGAGGAACAAGCACAAGCUCCGGGAGUGUCCUAUUGAAACUAUUUGAAUUGGUUAUGCUAUACAAGGCUUGAUAUAGAGGUUCUUGUCUACAACCUGCCAGAAAGGGUUUGAAGCUUCUCCAGGGCUCCAUAUAUUACAAAUACUAUAAUAUCAGGAAUGAAUCUUCAGUUGAAUAAGCAAGUUGGAAAUGUCCAAGUUUUUAAGGCUUGAAACCACCUUUGUCACACCACUUCCGGUAAACUCAUCAAGCUGAGAAGGCAUGCACAUUGUGUGAAGCAGAUUGUUUCACAGCGGAGUUCAUUGAUGUCUAUGAUUCCCGUGUCAGUACUAAUACGUCAAUGAUGAAAAUGCACUUUGACUUGGGCUCCAUUGUCAGGCAGCAAGUUGACACCUGGAUUGAUGGCUAACAGGAUCACACGAUUGACAAUGGAAAAAGAAAGUAAACAAAAGGAUGGUGUAAAUUGACAAAGAUUAUGUAAUCUACACAAGAUAUUAAGAGUCUUCUGUUUCCAAAUGCAUCACAGCAAAUUAAUAAUCA